GCCCGAGCAGCACAGAGAGCCUCUGAUCACAGACAGCCUUGGACUUAUCUCAGGGGAAAUUAGCCCCAAAACCUCUCCACAAGGCCGUGGCCCUGAGCGCAUGCCCCGGGAAAAGCUAGGGAUGAGCACCUCCCUGAGCUACAAGUCGUUCUCCAAAGAGCAGCAAACUAUGGACAACCUGGAGAAACAGCUGAUCUGCCCCAUCUGUUUGGAGAUGUUCACCAAGCCAGUGGUCAUCCUGCCCUGCCAGCACAACCUCUGUCGGAAAUGUGCCAGUGACAUCUUCCAGGCCUCCAACCCCUACCUGCCGACCAGGGGAGGAACGACUGUGGCGUCGGGGGGCCGCUUCCGCUGCCCCUCCUGCAGGCACGAGGUGGUCCUGGACCGACACGGCGUCUAUGGGCUGCAGAGGAACCUGCUGGUGGAGAACAUCAUCGACAUCUACAAGCAGGAGUCCACAAGACCUGAAAGGAAGUGUGACCAGCCAAUGUGCGAAGAGCAUGAAGAUGAGAGGAUUAAUAUUUAUUGUUUGAACUGUGAAAUGCCCACCUGCUCCUUGUGCAAAAUCUUUGGUGCCCACAAAGACUGUCAGGUUGCUCCUCUCACAAGUGUUUACCAGCAACAGAAGUCUGAGCUGAGUGAUGGCAUUGCAGUCCUGGUGGGGAGCAAUGACAGAAUGCAAGGGAUUGUCACGCAGCUGGAGGAGACCUGCAAGUCAGUUGAGGAAUGCUGCAAACGACAGAAAGAACAGUUGUGUGAAAAAUUUGAUUAUCUCUAUUCUGUACUGGAAGAAAGAAAAAAUGAGAUGACACAAAUAAUCACUAGAACCCAAGAGGAGAAACUGGAACACGUCCGCUCCCUGAUGAAGAAGUAUGCGGAUCACUUGGAAGCUGUCUCAAAACUGGUUGAAUCAGGAAUCCAGUUCAUGGAAGAACCAGAAAUGGCUGUGUUUUUGCAGAAUGCCAAAACAUUGCUACAAAAAAUUACUGAAGCUUCUAAAGGAUUUCAAAUGGAAAAAAUAGAGGAUGGGUAUGAGAAUAUGAACCAAUUCACAGUGAACCUCAGUAGAGAAGAAAAAAUAAUACGAGAAAUUGAUUUUGACAGAGAGGAGGAGGGAGAAGAAGAAGAGGAGGAGACAGACGAUGGCGAAGGCUUGGGUCAAGUCCACACAGAGUCGUCAGGAGAGGAGGAAGAGGAGGAAGAGGAGGAAGAGGAGGAAGAGGAGGAAGAGGAAGGGUCAGAGGGAGCACCACAGGCACCUCAGCAGGACCCUGAAGCACAGAGUGCAGGGGGAGAGCCCCAGGCUGAACCCACUCCAGCGCCAGUGCUGGCUGCCCCAGCUGGUCAGGAUGUUGUUGUGACACCAAGUGGUUCUCAACAGACUCCCGAGUCUGACACCCAAGUGCCGGCCCCAGCAGAACCCACGGAUCCCCUGUUUUACCCUAGCUGGUAUAAAUCCCAGUCACGGCAACCAAGCAGCCCAAGCUCAAGCCCAGUGAGCGGGCUGGGGAAAGUAGGGACUCCUGUUUCUCUGGAAACAAGUGCAAAGAAGGCAGAAGCCCUGACAGCAGCAACAAUCGAGGAGAGUGCAGCAGGGAGUGGUAAGGAAAGUAAUGCCACUGCAGCAACAUCCAAGACUGGUUCUGAGCCAUACCCUCAAGGACGAGUGGAGGAAGCUCCCGUGAGCAGUGAGAGGGGUGACGAGCCGGCUCGUCAUGUCUUCUCCUUCUCGUGGCUGAACUCCCUGAAUGAGUGAUGACUCACUCUGGCUGGCUUCUGGUGUGCUUCUCCUCAGAAGGACCGUGAGCGCAGGCAGCCUGGCUGCAGUCAGCAAAGAAACCAGCCUGGGAAGGGGCAUCCGAGCAGGUUUCAUUCCUGGGAACUCAGCUGACCUCCACACCAUACCCUUGAACUGACAGACCUGAGAGGGAGGGGAGCAUGGGGACAGAUUAUUCUAUGUAUUGUAGUCAGAGUGUUUUCCAAUAUUUUCUCACUUCCAAGGGGGAAGAAGCAUCACUACAGCUUUAGGCUGAGCACUGCUAGUGUUUUGUAACUCACUUGUUGGCACGUCCCCAUGUAGGUGUAAACACUUCACCAAUGUUCUUAGCUAAAACGCUGGUAUGAUAUUCUCUAGUAGCAUCCUUUGCCAAAACAGAGUUUCUCCUCAGUAUCCUCCUGCGUCCCCACUUGUCAGUGCUGGUGACUUCAGUGACACUAUCAUGUCCUUGGCAGCCCCAAGUCAGAGUUGUGUCUAACAGCACUGGUGCCUCCCAGGCUGCGGAGGCUGAACACGGGAGGGAAGGAGGAAGCUGCCAUUUCUUCCUUUGCACUUGCUCUUCCUACUAAACCACAACAGAUGACGCUUGCAGAAACACAAUUGUAAGGAAGAUUCCCAAUGGCAGGAGUGAGGAAGAGACACUUACCAAAAGCACUGGCCAGGACCUCCACACAUCUCUGAGUAUGUGGGGCAGUUGCUGAAGUGCUGCCCAGUCUGUCCAGCUGUAACCUGUGUCUAUGUCCUCUCAGCCAUUGGUGUGUACAAAAGGGGACAUGUUCUUAUAUGGAACCAGGGUGCAAUAAGGUGGCCACAGGUACUCACUCAAGGUUUAAUUUGAAGCCCCUGUGCUGUGCUGUAGAAAAGGUAGGUGCUGACUGUCCUGUUCCAUGUGCAUUGCAGAUGUUGAGCCAUCAAAUGAAAUCGAAUUUGUGUCUUAAAAGAGGCUCUACAAGCUGUACUGAAGGCAACACUGUGGUUUUUCUCACUGAGAGUAGGGUGUCAACACUCAGUGGUGUUUAAGAGAUUGGCAGCUGCUGGGAGUGCUUGGUGCCAUAGGGGACCAGGUGUCAAGCUCUGCACUAGGGUUACAUGUGGAUCUUUCCCAAAUCCCCAAAUCCCAAAUCCCUCGGUGCCCUGUUUUGGCAGGGGCCUGUGUGGGGCUGUAAGGCUGCGCUGUGCCCCAGCAGGGCUGGUGAGCUGGCAGUGCAGACUGGUCAGCAGGCUGUGUGGGGUCAGCCCCUGUCCCGGACACCCGUUGCUACCGACCCUCGCUGGUUUCUGUUUUCCAUGGAGAACGUUCCCUGGAAAACUCUCCUGCGAGAGUUUCGGAGGCUGCACAGGCGAGCUCCGCAAAGCUUUGGAGCUCGCACAGCCCGAGCGAGCGCCGCCCAGCCCCGCCACCGCAUCGCCUCCGGCUGCUGGAGCAGCUUUUCCCUGGGAUUUGGUUCGGGGUGAGGGGUUUACUAUUUUCUCCCAGUCGUCCUGGAGAUUUCCCCCAGCUCCUCCCGAGAAGUUUCUCCACACCCACUGCAGCUUCCCUAGAAGUCCCUGGGAGGGACUCCGCUCGGGCACGGCCGUCGGGACGGG